AUUUACUCCCCGUCUUCUACUUAAUUAACCUCAUGCGGAACAAGAGUGAACUGGCGUGUUUAUAGGGAACUCUUUGCGGUCGGACCAAGUGAGCGGAAGUGUGUUCCCUGCUUACGGAGGUCAAGUAGGAUUGGACCCAUCCACCAGGGACAUAGAGGACAAACGCCGAUCAGUGUGUCUUGUUAGAGAGGACUGUGAAGCAGCCCCUGUACAUCAAAAGUCAUGGUUAAGAAAAAGCGACUUCGCAUCAUAGCAGAAAUGGCUCGGAAGAUCCGGGCGUACCGAGAGCUAAAGUCCCGGCCGCGUGAUUCCCAGAGGUUCGCCCUGGAUUACGAGACCAUGAAGCGGCCUUACACGGGGAAGAUGCUGCCCGUGUUGGCCUGGCAGGAUGUCCGCAGGGAGAGUCGCCUGUUCUCCCUGCUGGCGGGAAUGAGGAUGUUCGGAGUGGGUCGCCUCUUUACCCGUAAGUCCUGGCUGGAAGACCACACAGAGCCCAGCUACUGGCAGAUCACCAAGGUCAAGGUGGACUACACAGCUGAGAACAUGGAUCAUGGCAAAGCGUGGGGGAUCCUCACCUACAAAGGAAAAAAGGAGAGUGAGGUCAAGGAGGUGGACAAGGUGAUGUACCACGACUGGCGCUUGGUUCCCAAACACAAAGAGCAACAGUUGAAGGACUUUGAGCCGCUCCCUGAGCCACCUGUGCGCUACGUUCCUUACCCUCCCCUGAUCCGUGCCAUGAUUCUGGCUCAGCACAAGAAAACAUUUGGCACCAUGAUGGCCGAGGAGCCGGCCUUACCUUUAAAGAGAAAUGUCCUGUUCGACGAAGACUAUUUCCGCAAGCAGGACCAGAGGACGGAGGGGACAGCAGUGUGAUACUCAUGGAUCUGAAGAUGAGAAUUUUGGACACUUUGGACCAAACCAAUGGUAACCAAAACUUAUUCUGCCCAAGAAGCUGGGAAACCUUUGGCUAAAUCCUGGACUUAAAUGGGUUCUCUGCCAUCUUCAUCUGCAGUAGGCCUCUCUUUAUGUAAUAUGUAUCUGUGUAUGUGAUGAAUAUUAAAUUUGAAAUUAAAGAAAGCUGCUAUUGUU